CGCUGAUCGGCCGCUGCUGCCUAUUGUUGUUGUUGUGAUCAAACUCCGGCUUUUAUCCCGCUUCUCUCCCGCCUGCCGCCUCGCUUCGCCUCCACGCACCGGGGAAGUGAAGCCACUCGUGUUGUUGUGGACGCGUCCUCCCGCCAGCGAGUCAAGUGGGAACUCUUCACCGGCCGUUAACCCCGCGUGGAUGUUGCUGAUGCUCCGGCGGAGAGGCGGCCAGUCUGCGGAUGUGUGCUGACGGCCCGGCGGAGUGAACUCCCGCCACCACCACCCGCCACCUCGUUUCAUUCUACUUCGGAAUACACCGACUCGAAGCCCCGGGGGCGGCGGAGGGCUUCUCUCCUCACCUGGCCCGUGCCGCUGAAGCGGGACAGAGACGCUCGUUGGACGCGGCUGAGCUUCUUUUAACUGCCUCCGGCUAAUGAGCCGUUUCCAGUGUUUUUCCGGUUGAUUUGCGGCCGGUGGAGCGGAGGACGGACCGAGGAGGUGGAUUCACAUUAAACGCUCCGGAGCCGGAGGAGGGGGAGCUCGCUUUUAUUUGAAAUCAUCUACACUUGCUCCCAACUACGGCGGAUGGAUCCUUGUCCGUGAUUGGGAGCUACCCCCCACCCCCUCUUCCCUCCCCACACACACACAUCCCCCCCGGACCCUGCUUGAUUCCCCCAGCAUCGUGGUGUAGUUAAGAAGGAAGCGGUUGUAUCCUCCCGGAGAUAACCAUGUUUCCCCAGGGGCGGCACCCGACGCCCCACCAGGCUCCAGGCCAGCCCUUCAAGUUCACCAUCCCAGAGUCACUGGACCGCAUCAAGGAGGAGUUCCAGUUCCUUCAGGCACAGUACCACAGUCUCAAGCUGGAGUGUGAGAAGCUGGCCAGUGAGAAGACGGAGAUGCAGAGACAUUAUGUCAUGUACUAUGAGAUGUCCUAUGGCCUCAACAUCGAAAUGCACAAGCAGACUGAGAUUGCCAAGAGACUAAACACCAUCUGUGCACAAGUCAUUCCCUUCCUCUCACAGGAGCAUCAGCAGCAGGUCGUCCAGGCUGUAGAGCGAGCAAAACAGGUGACUAUGGCAGAGCUCAAUGCUGUCAUCGGGGUACGUGGACUGCCAGGUCUUCCACCUACACAGCAUCUAUCUCAUAACCAUGGUGGCGCCCCUGUGCCCAUGGCCCCUCACCCGGCCGGCCUCCACCCCUCUCAGCUGGGUGGCUCGGCUGGCCUCCUGGCUCUGUCAGGAGCACUUGGUGGUCUUCCUCCACAUCUGGCUGGAAAAGACAAUGAUAAAAAGCCUCACAUGGCUGGACCAGAUUCCCACCCCGGAGGACCUGAGCACCUGAGAGAGAGAGAGCCUGGAACUAGUAACUCGCUGCUGCCAGAAAGUCUCCGGAACUCAGAUAAGCGACGCAACGGACCCGAUUUUUCAAACGACACCAAGAAACGCAAGGUGGAAGACAAGGACUCCAGCCACUAUGAUAGCGAUGGUGACAAAAGUGAUGAUAACUUAGUGGUGGAUGUUUCAAAUGAGGAUCCAGCCUCCCCCCGCGGCACUCCUCUCCCCUCACCCCGAGAGAACGGCGUGGAUAAGGCACGUCUUCUCAAGAAAGACCCCUGUAGUCCGGCCUCUUCUGCUUCAUCAGCAAGCUCCUCCUCCCUCAAGUCCAAAGAGAUGGCAAUGCGAGAUAAAGCAGGCACACCUGGGCUAAAGUCAAGCACACCCACGCCCAGAAGUGACUCCACUCCUGGUCCGAGCACCACACCCGGAAUCAGGCCCAGUCUGUCCAAACCCCCGUCCAUGGAGAUACCACAUCCACCCCCUUCAGGUUUGCGGACACCCCUCGCUGUACCAGGCCCCUACCCGGGUGCUUUCGGUAUGUUGCCCCAUGCAGCAGGGAUGAAUGGGGACCUGGCAGGGGCUGCCGCCUAUGCUGCUGGCCUGCACAACAUGUCACCUCAGAUGAGCGCUGCCGCCGCCGCCGCUGUGGCUGCAUAUGGCCGUUCACCCAUGGUUGGGUUUGAUCCUCAUUCUCACAUGAGAAUCCCUCCCAGUCUGACCGGAAUCCCUGGCGGCAAACCUGCCUACUCUUUUCACGUGGCCGCUGAUGGACAGAUGCAGCCAGUGCCAUUCCCCCCGGAUGCUUUGGUCGGCCCGGGAAUCCCUCGCCACGCCCGUCAAAUCAACACACUGAACCACGGAGAGGUGGUGUGCGCUGUCACCAUCAGUAAUCCCACAAGACACGUAUACACAGGAGGGAAGGGUUGUGUCAAGGUCUGGGACAUUAGUCACCCAGGGAACAAGAGCCCUGUGUCACAGCUCGACUGUCUGAACCGAGACAACUACAUCCGCUCCUGUCGCCUGCUCCCCGAUGGGCGAACGCUGAUAGUGGGUGGUGAGGCGAGCACUUUGUCAAUCUGGGAUCUGGCCACACCCACGCCCAGGAUCAAGGCAGAGUUAACGUCAUCAGCACCGGCGUGCUACGCUCUGGCCAUCAGUCCGGACUCUAAGGUCUGCUUCUCCUGCUGCAGUGAUGGCAACAUCGCAGUCUGGGAUUUACACAAUCAGACUCUUGUUAGGCAGUUCCAGGGCCACACAGAUGGAGCCAGCUGUAUUGACAUCUCCAAUGAUGGCACCAAGCUGUGGACCGGAGGCCUCGAUAACACAGUUCGCUCCUGGGAUCUGAGAGAGGGGCGGCAGCUGCAGCAGCACGACUUCACAUCACAGAUCUUCUCUCUCGGCUACUGUCCGACGGGAGAGUGGCUCGCUGUGGGAAUGGAGAGCAGCAAUGUCGAGGUCCUUCAUGUCACCAAACCUGACAAAUACCAGCUUCAUCUACACGAGAGCUGUGUGCUUUCUCUGCAGUUUGCCUACUGUGGUAAAUGGUUUGUGAGCACAGGGAAGGAUAACUUACUGAAUGCAUGGAGAACACCCUAUGGAGCCAGCAUAUUCCAGUCUAAAGAAUCCUCCUCAGUGCUGAGCUGUGACAUAUCUGUGGACGACAAGUACAUUGUCACCGGUUCAGGGGACAAGAAGGCCACUGUUUACGAGGUCAUCUACUAAAAAUCUGAAAGGAAAUCAAUGACAUCUGCUCAUUUCCCACACACACUGAUUUGUUUCUAGAAAUGUUCACAUGGAGCCAGAAAUCGAAGACAACGGUGAUGAUCACGUUCCGUUUUUUUCUGUUACAUCUGCCGAAGACACAAGGAAAGGAGAGAACACGCACGUGUGUGUGCCAGUAAACAUGACUCUAAAUCAGCUGGGAGCUUUACACUGGAGAAGAUUGAUGUUAAUGGAUAGAGAGGAACUGUUUGGAUGUUCUUGCCUCUGCUGCUUUAUGCUGUGGACUGCACUGGUAUCAGAUACAGGGACCAAGAGAUGAGUGGACUGAAGUGCAUCGGUUGGACUGGGACCAGCUCUUCUGGAAAAUACUGUACUGAACAUCAGAUACUAAGACACUUGAUUCAGUGCGACGACCAGGGGCGGAGACCCCGGAAGAAAAACUCUAGCGGGUUGAAUAUGAGAACAAACGGCAGAAAGACGAAGCAGGAUGUGGACAUAACUCUUGAGAGACAAGGGAGGAGAAGCAACAGCAGAAUAACAUUUUAUAGACGGAGAAUGCAGAACAUGUUUUUGUCUGUUCUUGACAGAUAUCAUUCAGAACCUGUUUGUCUCUCAGCUUUGACUCUUUGCCCUUAAAAACGUCAGCUCGCUGUUCUGAAACGCCUACACUGUCUGAAGAGUACCUUUUUUUCAGUCUUAACACUAAGUCCAAACCUCACUAACUGCACUGUAGCUGUAACUGUCCACCCACACACUCGGUAUGAACUGUACUUAGGAAAUACUCCGACAGAACCUAAACAUACGGAAGGCCUUGUUGACUUGUCCAUCCUCAUCAUGCUAUUUCACACACCAGGGACUGUACAUCCUUCUAAUGCAAUCCAGGAGAAUUUAAGAUCCUUUUUAAAACAGAAUAAAUAUUUACCAAACCAAAAAAAUCUUCUAAAACAGGACAAAAUACUGUAAAUGUUGUUCUGAAAAAGCCCACUUGUUUUCCUCUUUAUUUUCUCGUCCUUUCUUUAUGACUCUAAUUAAAGAGCCUGACACUGUGGUUCGGUGGUUAGCACUGUCGCCUCACAGCAAGAAAGACCCAGGUUUAAUUCCCAGCUUGUGAGUACAUAUAAGGAAACUGCAAAAUGAGCCUUCGUCUGUUUUAAUGUCUUGGCCCCUCCUCCUUGUUGUUGAACAGCUCUUUCAUCGACUAAUCAAUCAAUAUUUCGGAGGCUCCUUAUUGAUUAUUGAUAAGCUGGAGAUUGCUUCAGAUUUACAUAUUGAUUUUCUUUGUUGCAGUGUAAACACAACCCUGCUGUUCAUUUGAGUGCAGUUUCAUUUGCCUCUGCUCUCUUUUACAAUAAGAUCACUGGUUGAGGUCAUGAUAAUUAGGAUGGUGAUCUCAAAUAGACGAUUUCCCCACUAUAUUUAAGAAUUAAAAACAACCCUUUAGAAAAUGUCUUACUGUUGUAAAUUCACCCUGACCCUGCCUUUGUCACUAUGAAACACGUGAUGUCUUACUGUGUGGAAGGUUAAUCAUGCUAUGUGAACCGGGACCAACUCAAUGUGAUUUCACUUUGUUUAGUGGAAAUCCUAUGUGAAGAAGUAAAGAAUCCUCUGGUAUACGCAUUAUUGAAACUGGCUUAAUUGUAUUAAAGAGUAAAAAAGUUUGUUUUCUCUCUACAGAGAAGUUUGUGGGAUUUGCAAACAGGAUUAAAUAAAUUUGUCGGGAUCAUUAAAUCGAGGAGGGUUGCACAGGUUGUUUUUCAGCUUCAGGAAGGAACCAAUCUCAGCCAUUUUAAUCUCAUUAUUUCAUGAUUGUUUUUCUAUUUCUGUCUGUUUAAUGUUUGUAAAAAUGUAUAUACGUUUUUUUUUCCUACAGGACAUGCUUUAGGAAUAACAAUCUUUUUUUGUACGUCUUUUACAUGGAGAAGAAACAUCUAAUCAGGAGAAAUACUAAACGGUCUUAAUGCUAGCUAAUCUAUAAUGAUUGAAAUGUCUAGACAAUAAAUGUUUUGAUUUGUAA